AUGCAUAGUGACUACUACCCACAGCCACAGGAUCACACCAGGGAGCAGGCUGACUGGCAGAGUCCCAUCUAUCCAGGUAACAACUUUCGGAUUGUCUGAAUCCACGUGUCAAGGAAUCCAUUUCAGACACUCAUCCGUACUCACCGAACUUCUACAUGGGCAUUCCUCAUGUCCCACAUCUGUUCCACACCCCCACGGAUCAGUUCAUGUACCAAAGGUGAGAAUGAGACGUAUCUUCUUUGUCUGAUUGUAUGAAUCCCUUCUUUUCUUUUGAAAUUCGAAAUUCAAAAUCAACAUUCCUCAAUUCGACCAUCAUCUUCUCCCUCUUCAAGGUCGUCCUCCUGCAAUCACCGUAAUCGUCAAUUUUCAGUAGUAUCAACAACUACGGCGGGGACAAAAGAGUCCAAUGCAACUGGAUAACGAACGGAAUUCAGUGCAUGGAGGUGUUCCAGAACCCGCAAGAUCUCACCCAACACCUGAACGCAGUUCACAUCACUCAUGACUCGAAAUUCGUGUGUCUGUGGAAAGGAUGCGAUCGAGAGUUCAAAAUGUUUAAGGUACGCACUGUCUCCAAUUUGACCUGUUGCGUCACCUCUUUAAUUGUCUCCAAUUUCCCUGGGCGAGCAAUGUAUUAGAACUCGCCACUGCAAUUAUUCUCAUUUGCACCUUUGCGUAACCCUUAACAAUAUAUAGUUUUGCAGGCCAAGUACAAGCUGGUCAACCACAUGAGGGUGCACACGGGCGAGAGGCCAUUCGAGUGUGAAACGUGUCAUAAGGUGUUUGCGAGAUCAGAGAAUUUGAAAAUCCACAAGCGCAUCCAUUCAGGUGAGUUUGUGUUUUUGCACAAGAUGCUUGAGGUGUAAUAAUUAGGGAAGGGAUUAGAACCCUUGAUGGUGAUACAUAGGAUUCAAGUGGCAUGCCAGGUGAACAUUUUGGUAGCUGGAGGAGCUCUUGACGCACCUCCCUUCCAAAAGCUCGACAAAAAGGCAAUAAUAACGGAAGAGAGAGAGAGUGAGAGUGAGAGCGGGAGGGAGUCAGGUCCUUUCAUAGUGAAAACCAAACAAGCUCGUCUACCAUAAAUUCCAAAGGGGUAGAGAAUUGAAAAGAAAGAAAAGACAAGAGAAAGGGAAGGUGAGAGAAUUAUUUUAUUUCAUUCUUUCCCUUUCUGUUCCGCAACUUUUGAGGAUGGGAUCAAAUCGAGAUUUACGAUGUCAGUAACUCCUAUUGUCAAGCAAAUCUUGGCCCAGGUCUCGUUUCGCUUUUGUGACAGUCUCGCCUGUUUAUUAUGCACAGACACUGUCCGUCUACCGUAAUCCGUUUACGGCAAGACCCUCUCAUUUCGAUCACUUUCUCGGGAUCUGAAUCUCAUUUCGCAACCGUUCGGGGAUGUACAUAUUGUUUGUGCCUUUUCUGACGCCACGCUACUUAAUUAGCCAACUACCUUUGAAAACAAGCCGAUGAUUAGCCGAGGAUGGUCCCGGUUACACAAUGUUUUGCCAAGAGAUUUGACUUCCGACUCCUUUGAGCCGGACCGCCACUUGUUCAGCUUGUUGAGCCCCGGUCUGUAUGUUAAUGAUGAUGUAACGAUACGCUGGGUGACAAUAUUUGCAUUUCUAAUUUGAUUCCGUUUUGAUUUCCUUCGAAACCUUAAUUACCAUUUCGAUGCAGCUGCAACAGAUUUUUCAUUUUUCAUUGCGAAAGAUUUGAAUAUGGAAAAGGGUGCGAGGUGCGGGGUGUGGGUGCUAAAUGCUAAAUGCCAGUACCUUUUGCCAGCUGUCCCUCGGGAAAGUUUGAUUAAUGGUACCACUGGCCGUGCGUGAACUGUUCUACCUCAUUGGCACCAUUUGACUCCUUUCCCGAAGGCAACACUUUUUUUAGACCUGUGCCAACAUAUGCCAUUAUUUCAGGUGAGAAACCGUUCAAAUGUUUGCACCCUGGCUGCACGAAACUGUUCGCCAACUCAUCCGACCGAAAGAAACACAUGCAUGUCCACUCGAGUCACAAACCGUAUUGUUGUUUGGUAAGGAUAGAAUCAAGACAGACAACUUUUUGAAACUUUUAUCUCAGAAUCCGGGAUGUGGAAAGCAGUACACGCAUCCGAGUUCGUUGCGCAAGCACAUGAAGGUAAGAGAGGUAUUGUCUUGUUGAGAGGAUUACAGUGGGGUCACGCAUUGUGGUGAGGGAAAUGAUUGUUAUCUUUAGCGAGAUACUGUAAGGAUACAAGUUCAUGCUGACUCACACGAGUUUCUCGCAAAAACAGUAGUAACCACCACCACAACGACAAAAACAAGUUCCUUUCCACCAGUUCCCAGUAGCACUUCUUAGCGAAGCGUGCGCGAAUGAAUUUGAUUUGCAUUUAUGGGUUUUGAAUGAGACAUUUGAAAGGAUGAAAGAGAGGUGUGUGUUACGGUGCGCUACUUUUCAAACAUUCGACAAUCUUCCCCAUUUCAGGCGCACGAAAAUGAGAAGAGCAAAGGAACACGGACUCCGGAGCACGAUGAGAGCAGCGAUUCUGGACACGCUUCUCUCGGAACCCCGACCGAUGAAAGCACAACUUUCUCCCCAGAAAACCUCAAGAGGGAUCAGCAACAAAUGCAGCCGAUGCACAAUUUUAUGGACAGACCAAAUCCUUUUAUGCCCGUCUACCCGAACCAAUUUGCCACCGCGCCGAGCUAUAUGAUGUUCAUGCCCAAAAUGGAGUUCUAA